AUGAGCGAGCAAGGGGAGGAGGAGGAGGACGAUGAUAAAGGGGAAGAAACAAAAGUUCUCAAGGGUUCAUUUCCGAUGAUGGGUUCCUUGGUGUACUUUAGGAAGAAGAGAGAUGCUCUAGUUGAUGAAGAGGUUGAGAGACUAACAAAGUCUCUUAGCAGCUAUACAAUCAAGGCGACGUCUGAGCAUUCAAAUGUGGAAGGUCAAGAGACAACAGGGACACCAGGGGCACCAGAGACACCAUGGGGAGCAGAGACACCAGGGGCAGCAGAGAUACCAGGGUUAGCAGCAACACAAGAACCCCAAGACGAAUACGACUUGUUUAGUGUUGGUGACCCAGACGAUCCGCUAGACGAAGAUUCUCUUUUUGAUACCACAACAAUUAUUGCAGAUCGAUCUUCGUUUGGUGAGGACACCUUACCUGAUUUGUCUGGACCUUACGAUCCUUUUAAAGAGAUCGACAGUAAGGUAGAAAGGCAGAGGCGCGAGAGUAUUAACUGGCUUGACAACUCGGUGUUGAGCUCAUUGACCGAGAGUAGUGAUCAGGAUGCCGAGCACCAUCUCCAUCAUCAUCAUCGUCAUCAUCAUCACCACCAUCCCCAUAAUCAAAAUUCAGAUAAGCAUAUACGGAGACAUUUCAGUGAAGGUGACAAUGAUCAAAGAAAUGAAACUGAGUGGUUACAGGAGUAUCGUCCGAUUCCCAAGCCGGAAGCUGCAGAAGAACAAAGCACAACGGCAGCCAAUAGCAUUCCUCACGAGCAUCAGAGAGACGAGCACCAGAGAAACGAGCACCAAAGACACGAGCACCAAAGACGACUCACUUGCGCUGUCAUCUUCACCAAACCUCGAAUUGUAGAUAUAUAA